CCACCGAACGCUCGCACCAUCCGAUCCUCCGAAUCCUACUACUACCACCACCAGCUGACCUCGAUCGCUCGCUCCAGCUAGCCAUCAUGAAGCCGGCGGCGCAUCAUCUGGUGCUGCUCGCGGCGGUCCUGGUCCUGGUGCUGUGCGCGGGGGUCGGCGACGCGGCGACGUGCGACGCGACGCAGCUGACACCGUGCGCGGGCGCCAUCAUCGGGAACGCGCCGCCCACCGCGGCGUGCUGCAGCAGGAUGAAGGAGCAGCAGCCGUGCCUGUGCACGUACGCCCGCGACCCCAACCUGCAGCGCUACGUCAACUCGCCCAACGGCAAGAAGGCCCUGGCCGCCUGCAGGGUGCCCGUGCCCUCCUGCUGAUCAAUUAACUUCAAUAAUUCGCGUCGGCAGGCACCGCGCGCGGUGUAUGCGUCUUGGUCGAUCUCCGUGGUGUUGCGCUGGUCUCAGCUCCCUGUAUCUGCCGAGCUCUUCGGGCUCGCGUGUAUGAAUAAAGGAUGUAAUAAUUACGUGCGUUAUAUGUGUGUUCGUGGGCUCGUUGUUUUUCUCGUUAAGAUCAGCAAAUGACGCCUGGUGGCAAAAUUAGUGCCAACAAACAAAUUAAAUGUUGGCUGUGGAAUGGAACUAGUGCUAAUACAAUA